AUGAAGUCGUUAGUGUUGUUGCUCUUCGUGACGGCGAUUCACGCCAAACACGAACAAUACUCUGGAUGGAAAUCCUUCUACGUCAAUCCGGUGAGCUUUGACCAGCUAUUAAAAUUGACGAGUAAGAUCCAAGAGCUCCAUCUCGACUUCGUCAGAAAGGCAGCGGUGAAUCGAGAAGGGAUUGUUGUGGUUGAACCGAAAUACCAGGAUGAUUUUUUGAAAUUCCUAGCGAAAGAGAAAAUAUCCAAUCGGAUUCAUUCUGACGAUCUAAAAGAACGAUUUGAUAUCGAUGACCAGAAAAUCGAAGCGAGAAAGCUAGCAACUCGUUCUAUAAACGGCGGCAGUUUACCUUACGACAACUAUCAAACUCUGGACGUGAUAUAUGAAUAUAUCGACAAAAUCGCUGAGGAUUAUCCAGAAAUUGUAACUUUAGUUAGUUCUUCUAAAUCAUUUCAAGGUCGGCCCCUUAAGUACUUGAAGAUUUCGAAAGAUAAAUUUGUAAGCAACAAACCAAUCAUCUACAUUGAUGCUGGAAUCCACGCCCGGGAAUGGAUCACUAUCCCAACUGUCACUUAUGCCAUCCACAAACUGGUUGAAAACGUGACUGAACCCGAUCUCCUUGACAACUUCGAUUGGAUUCUCUUUCCAGUCGUAAAUCCUGAUGGUUAUGUAUUUUCAUACGAAAGGGACAGAAUGUGGCGAAAAACUCGUUCUCUGAAGGAUUGGAGUAUUACGAGCUUUCUCUGCCGAGGCGUCGAUGGAAACCGAAAUUUUAACUUCGAGUGGAACACAGUCGGUGCAGAUGAUGACAAAUGCUCUCCGAUCUACGCCGGAACUAAACCAUUUUCCGAAUCAGAAAGUAGAACUGUUGGUGAAAUAAUUGACGAACAUGUUGAUCGGAUGGUCCUCUUUAUAACCAUGCACAGCUUCGGAAGCAUGAUUCUUUACCCGUGGGGUAAUAAUGGUUCUCUGUCUCAUAACGCCUUUUCUCUUCACACCGUUGGCAUCAAUAUGGCUGAUGCUAUGAAUAGAUUAUCGCUGCCGCAUUUCCCUAAUUACGUGGUAGGCAACUCAAUGCUUACUAUCGGUUAUGGCACAUCAGGUGCUGCUGAAGAUUAUGCUCAUUAUAGGGGAGUUCCAUUGACUUUUACGUUUGAGCUACCGGGUUUAGAAAAUGAAGAUGAUGAAUCUAAUGAAUUUAGCGAAGGCUUCCAUUUGGAUCCUAUUUAUAUUAAUCAAGUCUGUGUAGAAACCUGGGCGGCUUUUGUUAUUGGGGCUAGAAGAGCUGGUGAUUUGUUUGGAAAAAAGAAUCUGUGAUGUUUUUGAAAAACA